AUGUGGAAGCAGUUUGAUGCUGUGCUUCAACUGCCUACAUGUUCUUAUCAGGCUGCUAAAGAUUAUAAUGAUUUUUCUACCUUAAUUAAACUAAUGCAGUUUCUUAUGGGUUUAGAUGAUGUCUAUCAACCUGUAAGAACAAACUUGUUAACUAGAGAGCCAUUACCUUCAGUCAAAGUUGCCUUUUCAGUUGUGUCCAGAGAAGAAUCACAUAGAAAUGCUAGUACAGGAACAAAAAAUCAAAAUGUGUCUUUUGUAUCAAAUGCUAAUCAAUCUGUAGAGCAAAAAAAGAAGGUGUUUAGAGGUCCUAAUCCUAACCUUAAGUGUACUCACUGUAAUAUGCUUGGUCAUACAGUUGAUAGAUGUUUUGAGUUGGUUGGGUACCCUCCAGAGUUCAAAAAGAAGUCUGGAGGUCAGGUUGGGAAAUAUUUUUCAAAUAACAAAUCAAAUGUGUCUUCUGUACCUUCUGUAUCUCCUUUUUCUUCAGAACAGGUUGCAAAACUUUUGAGUCUUGUGGGUGAAAAAACUAGUAGUGAUCCUCAGAGUUCUAAUAUGGGAGGUGAGUCUAGUUAUGUUUUUAAUUCCUUAGGCAGUUUUGUAUGUUGUUCUAGCUUAAUUAAUUUUGGUUUUGAUUAUAAUUGGAUUGUUGAUUCUGGUGCUAACCAGCACAUGGUCAAAACUGAUAAAGAUAUGUUUGAUUGUAUUGAUGUAUCUGAGUAUGACUUAACUGUGUCUCAUCCAAAUGGAACUAAAGCUAAAGUGUCUAAAACUGGUAGUAUAAAACUUGCUAAUUGGGUCAUUCGGAAUGAUGUGUUUUUUGUUCCUGAUUACAGUGUUAAUAUUUUGUCUGUGAAUAAAUUGUCUAAAGAUAGUAAAAUCACUGUAGUUUUUAAUGAAAACACUUGUUUACUUCCGGAUUCGAAAUCAGGGAGAAUCCUGGUGACUGGUAAACAGGAUAAUGGGCUAUACUUUGUAAAUAAAGAUGGUAAUUCUGUUAAUUUGUGUUUUAACAGUCUGAACAACGGUGAUCUGUGGCAUAAUAGGUUAGGGCAUCCUGCUGACCAGAUCUUGUCGAUUUUAAAAGGUGAAUUAGGUGUUGCUGAUGUUGUUAAACAUCCAUGUGAAACUUGUCAUAGGGCCAAACAAGUUAGGGUUCCUUUUCCAUUAAGUGAACAUAAAACAAAAAAUGUAGGUGAUAUCAUUCAUUUAGAUGUUUGGGGACCAUAUAAGGUUACUAGUAGAGAUGGAUUCAAAUACUUUUUAACUGUAGUUGAUGAUUAUUCUCGAACUGUUUGUAUUGAAACAUUAACCACUAAUCCUAUAAGUCCCAAUGAUGAAGAGGGGAGUCAUGAAUCUCAUGAGGUUACUGGUGAUGAUCAGCAACCAAUCCCCUCUACAUCUGCCACUUCAAGUAAUGUUGAACAUCAACAUUCCAGAAUUGGAGAUGAAAGUAGUAGUAGUGAAGGAUCUGGUAGGGCAGAGGACACUAGUACUUCAAAUGAUGAGAUCAACCCAUCUGAGGGAACUAGUUCUACUCUUAGGAGAUCAAAUAGAAAUGUUGUUUUGCCAAAAAGAUUUGAAAAUUUUGUGCUAAAUAGUAUGGUUAAGUAUAGUUUGGAUAAAGUUGUCAAUUAUUCAUGCUUGUCUGUUGAUAAUCUGUGCUUUACUACUUCAUUAAAUAAAACAACUGAGCCUUCUAGUUAUGAGGAAGUAGCUAAUGAUCCCAGGUGGGUAGAGGUAAUGAACAAAGAAAUGGAAGCUUUAGGGUUAAAUAUAAGUCUAGUGGAGAAGUAG